AGACAUUGAAAAUUCCAACCUUCAAUCAUCGUCACGAUCUCCAUCCAUAGCCAGUCGAAGGAUGCUUAGAAUGGCGGAUUCAAAGCUUUUGAAAGACCAAAUGAGUCAUAGUGAAAAGGAUCUGAUGCCUAGUAGCAACUAUCCACAGUCUAGUGAUUUUUCUCCCAAGAUGCACAGCCAUCACACACCAAGAAAGUAUGCUAGCCCCCAUUCCACAUCUUCUAAAACACCAGAAGUGAAGCAAGCUCAGGUCAAAGUAAUCAGCAAGACGUUGGCCAAACUUGAAAAGCUUUUAGAUGAAGAUGAGAGCGUUUUGAGCACCACUGAAGCCGCAACACCAGUUAAAAAAUUGUCAAAGAGUAUCAAAGACAAAUGGGCAGCAGAUGAUGAUCGACCAGACUCUGUCAGUGGUUUGGAAGGCGGCCAUAACAAGGCGCAGCAACUAUUGAGCAGAAUUUGGCAGCUUCAAAUGUCACUGGAUGCGAAGGAAACUGAACUCUUGGAUACCCGACGACACUCCCGUUGGCUCGAAGAGCAACUUAGUUCGGCACGACGACGCAUAGAUAAGCUAGAGCAUCAAGCGGAAUCGAGCCAUCGCUUACAAGAGCAACUAUACAAAGCUGAAGAAAUUGCUAACGAAGCUAACCAUCGCGUGACCGAUUUAUUACAAAUCAAUUACAAGCUUGUGAACGAACAGGAGUCGAUUGUGCAGCAAAUGAAUCAAGUGACGCUUGCACCGAUGCCUGGACGAGAAACACCAUGGAUCAAUCAUUAUAAGGAAAAAGGAACGCGACACGCUCCAUUUAGCCGAUCGUCCACCACUGACUUCACCAGUUUACGGAUGACUGAACUCCAGAAUCGGUUGAAGCGAUUGUGGGAUGAUAGCAAACAACUGGAGGAAUAUGUGAAAGAACGUUCAUCUAGCCGAUUAUCCACCCAUAUCAGCCCAGAGCGACCUCGCAACCCGUCUCCUCGACUACUCACUCAACGAAAUGAAGAGGUCGACUAUGAAGAAGAUGACUCAGAGGAUGAUGAUGAAAGCGUGGCAAGCAAUUUGGUUGAUUUGCUCAAGCUCUUGCGGAGUGAAAGUGAGCUUCAUCGCCAUCAACUGGUCAAGACCGUGCAACUUUUGGCUGCCAACGUGGCAGGUAAUGAGGGCUUAUCGUUGGAUGAGGAAGGUGGCGAAGGCAGCCCCCAUAUACCACAAAAUUUGACUGCACUUGCUAAGAAGAUCCAAAUGAUGGAAAGGCGUUACGAGGAGCGAGAAAACCAACUGAACCGAAUCAUUGGUAUCAAUCGAGUCAAGAACAAACAGUCCAUUCUGCGCUGGAAGAAGCGAUGGGAACAUCAAAUUGACGAAUGGCCAGCCGUGGUCGAACCUCUCCUUACACAACUGGAGGAUGAUGAUGAUGAAGAGGACGAGCCCCACGAUCAACUUGACGACGAUACCGAAGACCAUGACAAAUGACAUAUUUCCCACCCUUUUCCUUACCUCAAUUUAAGCGUGAGCUGGUAUCACCCCCCGCCCAAUUUUUUUUUGUAAUUCCAUGCCAGGUCACAUUUUGCCUUUUUUGUUUUACUCUUUCUUGCGCCAAGUUACCAAUUUUUGUACCAUUUUUCCACACAUGCUAUAUAUUCACAUA